CCUCGCAGUGCCAAAAGGAAAUGAGAUUCCUUGCAGCUUUUUCUCUUUACUUGACCUUUCACCUGCUGAUCACGACCGCAUGAAUUCUCCCCGUUCCCCACUUGAUAAAUGAGAGUGAUUGUUGCCUACUAAUUUCUUCUUAGAAGCCACCCGGCUCCCAACUAAGCCUGCUCUCGCCAUCACUUCCCUCACCUCUUAGUCAGGGCUCGGUAUGAGAUAGAGACUUCGAGCCCUCGGCGUUGAUUUCCUUUGCAUUGAGUGGAAUCCAUACUGGUGUGCUCCCUAUCUUACAGAGACGAGACCAUUACUGUUGCUGCUAUCUUCCUCGAGCAAAGUUGUCUGAAGCACUCCGAAGUGUACAGGACUCGGCGCUCUCUUUCCACCUCAAGACGCCACCCAUUCAUUAGACUCUUGUUGCUUUUUCUCUCUCUAGAUCUCACUCAUGGCAAGAUGACAUGGUCCCAUUACAAUGAGAAGACUGAGCCAUGCUCUUUUCCUCGCAACAAGCCUCAUGUUAGCACUUCUUGUUCUCCUCCCUGCUUCCUGCGCGGUUAGGUCGCUGCUGUCCUCUCCUGAGGGAAUGCUGAUGGAGGAGAAGAUCCGGUUGGGCUCGACGCCGCCGAGCUGCCACAAUCGGUGCAACCAAUGCGACCCGUGCACGGCGGUCGAGAUCCCGACUCUUCCGGCCCGGUCCGACCGCGUCAGGGCGACCGACCAUCCGUCCUCUUACAGCAACCACUACUCCGACUACAAGCCCCUGGGAUGGAGGUGCCGCUGCGGCAGCCGCCUCUACAACCCUUAGUCGCGUGCACCGCUCUCCUCCGCCGGUUGCUUCACAUGGACGCCGGCCCUGACAAGAACCAUCGCUCUCCUCCGCACGUUCUCGUUUGCUUCGCCUUUGUCGUUACCGAUAUGGUUCUUGACGCAGGGUAAGCUGAGAUUCUUCUUGGAAGCGGAUAAUGGAUUGAUUGAUACUUGCCGCACGCUUGCAGAUCGUUGACGACACUCUUGUGUUUGGAUGAGCAACGAGAGAGCAAAAGCUGUCAUUUCUUGAACGGAGGAAGGUGAUCUCUCUCUC